AUGAAAGCCCUCGUCACGGACAAUGGAUUACUCAUAAGAUCAGCCAACCUGCUCACCAAAAGGUCGAUGGGCAAUGGCCUCAAAGAGGUGGAGGUUCCCAGGCCAGUGAUCAACAAGAACGAAAUUCUGGUGAAAGUUGGUGCAACUGCGCUCAAUCCCAUUGACACGAAAUUCGUGGAUGUGCUUGCCCCGGCUGGAAAUGUGGCUGGAUGUGACUUCGGUGGAACAAUCGAGGAAGUCGGAGAAGAUGCGCGCGGCUCAUGGAAUAUUGGUGAUCGUGUGGCGGGAUUUGUGCAGGGUAGUAUCGACGAAGAGCGUGGCGCAUUCGCCGAAUAUGUCAAAGUCGAACGGGAUCUGGUGUGGAAAUUACCUGACGAAGUGAAAGAUGAGGAAGGUGCGAGUUUUGGUUUGGCAGUGGCAACUGCGAUGCAAGCGUUGCAUCUGCACCUUGACGUGCCCUGGCCCGACGAAAGUGCUAAAUCUCCUGGCUCGCCAAUUUUCAUCUACGCAGGAUCGAGCAGUGUUGGUAUCUUUGCCAUCCAAUUGGCAAAAAAGGCAGGCUGCACUGUUGUGACUACGGCAUCGCCGCAUUCUUUCGAACUGGUCAAGAAAUAUGGAGCGGAUCAUGUAUUCGAUUACCACGCGCCAACUGCCGCCCAAGAUAUCGCGAAAGCACAUCCGGACAUUACCCGAGCGGUCGACUGCUUCUCAGAGGGCGAGUCGACCGAAUUCUGCGCCCAAGUGAUGCAGGACAAUGGCGGCAAAGUGGUGAAGUUGCUGGACAGCAAGACCCGCGUUCCUGGUGUCGAGACAACAUUCAUCAUGUCUUUCCAGCUACUCGGCAAAGCCUUUGCUUGGUUACCUCCCAUCGGACCCAAGUUUCCUGCUGCCACCAGAGAGCGUGACGCGCUGGUCAAAUUCUACGCAAGCCUACCAGAGCUUGCUAAGACGCUCAAAACACCUCCAGUCAGGUUGGUAGAGGGUGGCUUCCGGGGAAUACAAGAGGGACUCGACAUGAUCCGCGCAAAGAAAGUCUCAGGCGCGAAGCUUGUAGUGAAGCUUUGAGUCUUAGCAUGAUGGACUCGAUAGCACAGGGCGUGUUCGCCGAUUUGGAGACAAUCUCGUGUCAGGAGGAAUGGCCAUCUGGUUGGCAGGGCAGCUGGGUGGCGCUGUGUUGGCUGUGGUUGAUCCUGAGCCAUCAAGUGCAGGUGCACCUCUACGGGCGAUGAAGAUUGUGAUCACCACACGGCAUUGUGCUU